AUGUAUCGCGACGUCGUGCAUCGCCGCUGGGCGCGCGCGUUUCUCUUCCACCUGCUCUCCAUCGGCCCCUUCCUCUUCCUCUGGGCCGCGCCGCUCGUCCUCCGCGCGGGCCUCCUCCCCACGUUCCUCUCCUUCUUCUCGCUGCGCCUCUACCUCGCUUUCGCGAUUUUCGAUCUUUCGCAACUUCUUUUCGUUCUAGCUCGCCACGCCAUCGUCGUCGCAGAUGCCCCUCCCCUCCCCUCCACUGCCUCCCUCCUCGCUUCCGCCGCGAAUCUCGCCGGAUUUUCCGGCACAUCGGAUCCACGCCCGUUCGUGCACCAAGACCAACAGAUUCGCGCAGUGCACGGCGGGUUUCGCGGGCCCGCCAGCCAAUGGGAGGCGGAAGCGGCUAGGGCGACGCUGGCGGGCCGCGCCAAGUUCGCUUCACUCUGCGCCGCGGCGGGCGCCGCAGGGGCGAUCGCGCUCUCGCUCUUCCGCGCACAGCUUCUGGGCGGCGCGGUGGAGAUCGAAUCCAACGGCGCGUGGCGGCCAGACGGUUGGGCCGUGGCGGGCGAGGCGGGAUUCGGCGGCGCGGUGGGGGUGCUGUUCGCGGCGUACCACGUGGUGCGGCGCGACUACCUCCUCGCGUUCCCCGUGCUGCAGCGCGCCCCGUUCUACCGAUUCAAGACGACCCUCCCGCGCUGCGCCACAUCAGCAGCCACAUUCGGGUGCAUCACCGCCCUCCUCUACUCCCUCCUGCUCCGCCCGCUGCUGCUGCCCCUCCUCGCCACCGCCACCACCACCGCCACCGGCAUCCCGCUCCCCUUCCUCACCGCCCUGCCUCUGUCCAUCCGCGCGCUGCUGCUCUCUCUGCUCGCCCGCCUGCACGCCGUGGCGUUCCUCGCCUUCGCCUGGGAGGCCGCUGCAGCCGCCACGAACAUCUUCCUCACCCACCGCCACCUCUUCCUCUCCCCGCCCUCCUCCCCCUCCUCUCCCCUCGCCCCCCUCCUCCUCGCCCUCUCCCCCUCCCCGGCCCCCGCCCCUCCUCCGUCCCCAUCCCCCCUGCCCCUCCUCGCACUGCCCGCGCCCCCCGCCCUGCCCCGCCUCGUGCUCCACUGGGCGCUGCUCGACCUCUCGCUGCUCGCCGAAUCAGAGGCUGACACGUGGCGCCGCGCGGCGCUGUAUGAGUCGCAGGAGGCGUACAGCGCGGUGGUGGCGGCGUGCAUCCGCCCCGUCGAUGGCAUGACGCUCAGGGUGGCUGCUGCCGCUGGUUACCCCACCGUUACAGGUGUGCUGCAGCAGCAGCAGCAGCAGCAGCAGCAGCAGUACUCAUUGCAGUCACCCACGGCUGCAGUCACUGCAGCCGGGUUUGUCUCUGCUGAAGGGAUGAGAUGGCGGCAGGGGAAGAGCGGAGGGGAGGGGAUGGAGGGGCAGGCGCUGCAAGCGGGAGGGGUUGGGGGAAACGGCGCAUAUGGGGGGUUCGGGGGUCAGGGCUGGAAUGGAGGAGCGGGCUCAGAUCGUGAGAGGGCAGCAGGUGAGAGGGCGGCAGGUGAGAGGGCGGCAGGUGAGAGGGCGGCAGGUGAGAGGGCGGCAGGUGAGAGGGCGGCAGGUGAGAGGGCGGCAGGUGAGAGGGCGGCAGGUGAGAGGGCGGCAGGUGAGAGGGCGGCAGGUGGGAGGGCGGCAGGUGAGAGGGCGGCAGGUGGGAGGGCGGCAGGUGAGAGGGCGGCAGGUGGGAGGGCGGCAGGUGGGAGGGCGGCAGGUGGGAGGGCGGCAGGUGGGAGGGCGGCAGGUGGGAGGGCGGCAGGUGGGAGGGCGGCAGGUGGGAGGGCGGCAGGUGAGAGGGCGGCAGGUGGGGCAGGUGGGCUGGUGGCAGGUGGGGUGGUGGCAGGUGGGCUGGUGGCAGGUGGGGUGGUGGCAGGUGGGCUGGUGGCAGGUGGGGUGGUGGCAGGUGGGGUGGUGGUAGGUGGGGUGGUGGCAGGUGGGGUGGUGGCAGGUGGGGUGCUGUGCGCCAUGAGCAUGCGGGCGCUGGCAGCGCUGACAGCAGCGUCGCGGGGGGAGGACCGCAUGGGCGUGGCGCAGAUGGCGGGCGCCAACGCUGCUGCGCUCUCCUCACUGCUGUCCGCGCUGCUCGCCCUCGAUCACCUCCUCCUCUCCCCUUCCCACCGCCACCCCGCCACCCCCGCCACCUUCUCUGGCUUCGGGGAAGCUUCCUCGCAAGCGACUCCUCUGGGUGCCUCUCAACCUGCCCACUUCCACCAGACUUCGGCUCUAGCUUCGGGAAGUGGGGGAUUGUUUGGCACACCAACCCUCGGUCUUAGGUAUGGAGGUGCUGAAGCAGGUGGCUCGGCCGUACCAGGCGUGGGAGCAGGGGGUGGGGCGGGGGGGAGAGCGGUGUACGGAGAGGGGGUGGUGGGGCCGGUGUGGGGCGAGGCAUGGGCCAUGGCAGAUGUGGUGCGCACCGCUCUGUACCGCAUUGCAGAGACGUUUGGGGAGGAGAUGGUGGAGAAGGGGGGUGGAGGGAUGGGAGGAGGGAGGGGGGGAAGAGGAGGCAGUGGGGCAGGGGCGUGGAGGGUGGAUGAGGCGUGGUUGCCUGCUGACAUGCAGCCGCUGUUUGGGUCGAGAGACGCUCAUGCAGCCAAGGUGCUGUCGCUGCUGGCACACACUGAGUAG